CACCUACAGAUGCGAAUUUGAUUGAGCUUCGCUGGGUCUGAGGCCGUGCCGACUCCGGUUUCCAUGGAAUCCAGUCAGUCUCGGGAAAAUGCGAAGAACAAACCUCUCCACGUCCCGCGGGAGUACCAGUUUCCUCGGACGGCCUCCCUGAACGUGUUGGCCGCUCGAAAGGACUGGCUCGGAUCGUUGGUGCGGGGAGAUGACGAAGUCUUCCGGACGCACGACACAUUGGAUGCUGCUGAGGUUCACCAAGCCAUUUCCUUGCUGGAAUGCCUUGGAAAGGACUGGGUCUAUCUCCUCGUGCAGAGACAUGAAUCAGAUGAAGAAAAGGAGUGCAUUCCAUUGCUGCAGCCAGCCUUCAGUUUCUCAGGGUCAUCCAAAGAGCUCUCCUUCUCACAAGCACUCCACUUUUUGUCAUCUACCAAUCACAAGAACUUGUGGAAGGCUGCCAGCACCAAGCAUUUCUGUAUGAGUACACCAUUGAAACCUGCCCGAUCAAAGUCCAACGACGUGCAAACUUUACCUGUCUCUCGGGUAAUCCAGACGGCUUCCAGAAGAUUAUUUCCCAGUUCCAGCCUCACUCCUAGCUCCGAAGGUGGUGUUCGACGCGUGUCGUUGUGCUCAGCCCAUCUCGGCCUCUGUCGCCCCCUGCUCAUCGAGGAGACCGACUCUGAAUCCACUCUGAUUUUUCUGCCUCUUUCUCUCCACUCCCUCUGGGACUGCCUGUCAUUUAGUUCAAGCAUUACAAAAGAAAAUGUGGUGAAACCCCUGUUCAUCAUUUAUCAGAUCAUUCAUGCCCUGGCCCGUAUUCAUGACCUGGGCUGCUUUGCCGGGGAUCUAACCAUGUCGGAGAUUCUCAUUGACGAGAGACUCUGGAUUCAAAUCAUUCCAAAGCUAGAUUCCAACUUCCACACGUGCACAAAAGGAAGAACCCGUAGCCUCACUGAGGAACGAUGCAGUCAAAGUCCUAUCUCUGCUGAAAAUGAUGAAAGUCUGCCUAGGCUGGUGGAAAUGUGGGCUCGAGGCUCUCUGUCAAACUACGAUUACCUGAUGAAGUUGAACGCACUUGCGGGACGCAGGAUGGGCGACCCCAAGUAUCAUCCUGUCCUUCCGUGGGUCAUAGACUUCUCUCAGCCGAAUGGAAAGUGGAGAGAUCUCUCUCGAUCCAAGUUUCGCCUCAGCAAGGGAGACAAUCACCUCGACCUCAUGUAUGAAUCUGCUACGGCGUCUGGAAAUGAGAGUCCUGACAUUUUUCAGAUUAGUCUUACAUUAAUUGUAUAUGUGCAUGCUUUUAUGAGUAGAAUAAUUGAAUCACAGCAGCAGCAGGUGGCCCAUCACAUUCCUGAAGUCCUAUCCGAGAUAACAUAUUACGUGUACAAGGCAAGACGUAUGCCUCAAUCGGUUCUGUGCAAGCACGUACGCAGCAAGUGGGUACCGAACGAGUACCCAGCCUCCAUUGUCCGCCUCCAGGAGUGGACUCCAGAUGAAUGCAUUCCAGAAUUCUAUUCUGAUCCUUCUAUCUUCAAGUCGACUCAUGAAGACUUGCCCGACUUGGCCAUCCCGGCAUGGUCAUCGUGUCCGGAAGACUUCAUCAAGAGGCAUCGGGAAGCACUGGAGAGCCUUUACGUAUCUGAACGCCUCCACCACUGGAUUGACCUCACCUUUGGUGAUAGUCCAAGUCAUGAGAAGGGGCUAUCUGGAGAUUCAAGUGGAGAGGCAACAGAGGAUCGGAAGCAAAAGGACGAAGAGGGUUCCAGAGCAGCUGCCUUUCAGCGACUCUUGUCUCGCUCGCCCAAACUUUCCACAUCUGUUGAACCAGGGAAUGAAGUCCCUGUUCCCCUUCCCAAGGACUAUUCCCCUAUUAGUCUCCUGAAUCAAGUGGAGCACCUGUACUCGUUCAUAGCGGGGAUCGCCGGACAUUGUCCGCAGCCACUUUCGACCGGAUCGCAAGGCAGUCCUCAGAACUCCUUCCUACGGUUGCUGGUGUCGAGACGAAAGGAGCGGGACUUGCAAGCCCUUGCCUGUCUCAUGCUGGAAGUCUUCAUGCCCAGCACGUUCCAGAUCCUCGGCUCUUGUUCCUCACUGGAGCAACGAGUUCACCUCGCCUCCAGUGUGAUAUCGCAGGACCCAAAAGCGAUUCCCAUCUGCAUCAGAGAAGCCGUGGCAUCUCUCCUCAAUCACGAUUCAUCGACUGUGAUCACUGAGAAGGGGACUCCCCCACUCACUCCCCAACUGCUUCUACAGCCACUCAUCUCUCCCAUCCCUUUCCCAUCCAGCUUCUCUGUUAUUUAUAGCAUUGCAGGAGAGAUUUCUGAUCUCCACUGGAGCCUUCGGAAGAAAGAGAUCUUAAGUGACACCGAAGAAGGGCUUGCGAGACACUCGGCAUGCGUCGUGAAGGGGACCGUAGCCAGUCUCUCACCUGUCAUCCUCCAGCUCUCCAAUGAAGAACUAGACUUGGUGGUCCCACACAUCAAGGCACUGUUCCGGUGGCCACAGACCCGGGUGUUGGCCGCCUGGCACCUGCUCGACCCCAUCGGACAGGCUCUCGGCCCCGAAAAGACGUCCCAUCACUUUCUCCCCGAGUUGACUGCCCUGAUGAGCUGCGAGAAUGCAACUGAAAAGCAUCUGAAACUCUUUCAUAAAAGUUUCCUCCUCCAGCUUCUAGUCCGGUUAGGAGUCAAGUCCUUCUUGGCACACUUCUUGUCAAUUCUGGUCGAGGCACUGGGGGGAUGCCGAGACUCAGGUGAUGCAGCUUCGCAUCAGCAUAAUUUGAAAUCUCUCCCCGAUGAACCAACUUCAAGUGAGACUCAAACACCCAAGAAAGUAGAAACACCUGCAAAUGCAGAACCAGGAGUCUUUGAAUUCGAAGAGGAGGAACUGAGGGGAGCGAGAGGGGAAGAGGAGGAUGCAGAAGAGAAGGAGGUGGGUGAAGAGCCACUGGCAAUCUCCCAUGAUUCUCUUGAUCCCACUCCCCCGCUGAAGACCUGCCAGGUGGGGAUUUCUGACAUGUGCAUGGAGAGCAUCCUGUGGUUGGCAGAGCGGCUGGGACCCGUCCUCACGGCAAGACACAUCACACGCAACCUCCUCAAAAUGCUGACUCUCUGCUACCUUGAAGAAACCUGUCUUUAUGGGGAGGCAUUUGUGACACUGCAGUACCUGCCACACGUGAUGGAGUUGGUGGCAUCAUGCAAGCAACGCAUCUCAGUGACAUUGGAGGCUGGUCUGAUUGGAGCUCUUGCCCUUGUCCCGCAUGCUCUCGACUGUCUCAGGGAUGCAACUCUAAUGGAACUUCUAUCUGAGACCCUGAUUCGUCGCAUUGUGUACCCAGCCACCCAGCUGGCAUCGUCGCGAAGCCUCACGUUCCCACACGGCGAGAAGGCCCGUUCGGCCGUGAUCUGGAAGACGUUCGCCGUGCUGAAGGUCAUCUCGAUGCGCAUUGGCUUCGAGAUGAGCAAGAAGCACCUGACGGCCGUCAUCGUGCGUUUCUUCCGGUCGUUCUCCCUUGCUCACGAGACGGACAAGGACGAUGCAGAGUGCCACAGGAGCACGGAGAGCGACACAGGAAGCGACCUGGACAACAGCGGGUACUUCAACAUCGAGAAGGACGAGGAGAAGGGAAGUUACACUGUGAAGGGGCUGGUGCACCUGGAACAAGUAGACUCUCCUGCAGACCUUGGCUUCCCUCUCUCUCCCUCAGAACACCAGAUCCCAAUCCCUGAGAGGGUGGAGGAGGAGCUGAAGGAGGUGUUCUCCUGCGAGCUGGCCCAUGAAGCGUACAUCACGUUCUGCCACCUGGCAGGGAACAUGCACCUGGAUCGCCACCUGUGCAACACAAAGCUGAUCAGGUUGCUGUAUGAUGAACACGAGGUGAAGCUCAAGAAGCUCAGCCCCUCAUCCUCUUCCUCCAGCAUUUCAUCUCGAAAUCAUUUCAUGCAUUCUGAUGCAACAGCUAGGGCCGGUGAAACUAAUUCUUCCAGCAGUACCAGGCAUGUGAAGGGGAAUUGGUUAGCCUAUUGGGAGCAUGCCAUCGGGAAGCCGGACGUACCGGGAACGUUCGACUUCAAGGGGAUCCCCCUGCAAGGGUUCCUCGGUCACACGGCCAACACUCGAUCCAUUGUCGUUCUGGAUAAUGAAAAUUCCUUCAUCAGUGGAGGGAAAGAUCGUACCGUUCGACUCUGGUCCCUGAGAAACCAGGGCGAUGGAAGCUGCCAGAUGGCAUGUCGAUGGGUCUACGGCCAUCACAAGAAGUCCAUCGUGAGCUUGGCCUACCUGGACGGACCCCGACUGAUCGCAUCCUGCGACUCGAGCGUCCACGUUUGGGAUCCAUUCAUGACAUCGCCCGUGCUGCAGGUGGAGGGGGGAAAGCACCCUCCAGUCACCUGCCUGAUCCCAUUCCCAAGUGCACCCCAGAGGAUUCUGGUGGGCACCUCUGAGGGCACCCUCAGAUUCCUGGACAUCCGAGCGUCCAAGUACGUGUGCGACCUCAAGACUUCAUAUCUGGCAGGAGGUGUUGUCAGGAGUCUGUGUACGUCAUCCGAUGGACAUCGGGUGGCAAUAGGACAUUCCACGGGAAUCCUCUCGGUCCUGGAUCUUCGAUCAGGCUUCCUACUUAACUCCUGGAAAGCACACGAUGGAGAGAUCCUCAAUCUGGUCUCAGGGCGCACCAAGGGCUUCGUGUCGUCAUCGAUGGAUCAAUCCCUGAUGGUCUGGAGCUGGGAAGACGGCAAGGUCCUGGGACUGCUGAAGGGGUCGUCGGAACCCAGUCAUUGCCUCUCGGUGAUGGGAUCGCAGCUGGUGACGGCCACGACGGCCAAUCGCAUCGGAGUCCAUUCCGGCUUCGAGGAGCCUCCCGGGACCCUCGCCGGCGUUCGGCUCAAGCUGGAGACGUUCAAGGGAAUGAUCACGUCUCUCGCCACGCUGCCUCUCAACGAAUUGCUUCUUCUUGGAUCUGAUAACGGGAGCAUCUGGCUCUUCUCCUGAGCUACAUUCCAUGUGAUUGAUCUGACAAAGGAAACAUGCUCCUGGGGUCAUCCUAAAAGUAUGUAUCUGUUCCAAAGCAGAUGGUUUGCCAUGUGCAAAUGGUGGGAGUCAUAGUAAAGCAUCCUGUGAUGAACCGCCAAAGACAAAAUCUCCACUCAAAUAUAUAUCAAAUAGCACAGUGCAAUUUGAGCAUCCUUUAAUAAAAGACUUAUCACCA